AUGGUUACUAACAGCGGAGUGUCUGUGUAUGAGCAGGCUGACCAGAGAAUCCAAGAUCAAGGCAUCUACAAAAAGACCGUUGAAGCGCUAGAAGCAAAACACAACCAACAGAAAGGAAAUGAUGGGAGCCUCUUUGAAAAACUCCGGCCUGGAAAGUUGAAGCCGGAAGAUAAGCAGGCGGUCGCCGUGGACAAUCCGAAGAAGUCGACUCCUGGAGAGAAAUCCGGCAAGUCUGUUGCUGGUCGCGUUAACGUGCCUUCAACGGAGAAAGGAAAAGCGGCGCCAAAAGACGAGCAAGACCCAAAGGUUGCAGCUACAGAGGCGGAAUUCAAUGCGAUCUUGAAAAGAUCACCGAUCAUCAUAUUCUCGAAAACUUACUGUCCCUACAGCCACAGCGCCAAACACAUCCUUCUCAAAAAACACAGCAUUAUCCCCGCGCCGUUUGUCGUCGAGCUGGACCAACACCCCAUGGGUCCCGAUUUGCAGCAAUUGUUAGCGAGGAAUACCGGCCGCAAGACCGUACCGAACACCCUAGUCAACGGUGUGAGUAUCGGCGGAGCAUCCGAAGUCGCAGAACUGGAGCAUUCUGGCGAGCUACUGGGCAAAAUCAAGAAGAUGGUCGGAAAAAGACUCGUUGAGGCAAAGCGAGUGAGUGAAGACGGAAAAUGA